AUGAGAACUGGUAAUCAUCGACAAGCAAAAAGUUGGGUUAUUGGACACUUAAUCAAGUCCAAAUACGAACAAGUUGGUCGAACCUACUGCCCAACGGAUAUUAUUGAGGAUGUCCGACGAGAUUAUGGAGUGAACAUAAGUUACGGAUGGACAUAUCGCGAGUAUAGAUUGGUGUAUGCACGAGGGUCGCCAGAAGAAUCAUAUGCUAUUGUUAGGGCAAGUGGCAAAGCAUUUAAGCUUGCAAAUCCAGGUACCAUAUUUAAGGUUGAAGUAGAGGAUGGACAAUACUUUAAGUACGUCUUCAUGGCACUUGGUUCGUGUAUCAGGGGUUUUCUAAACUGCAUCCGCCCAGUAAUCGCUGUUGAUGGGACCCAUUUGCAUGAGAAAUACAAAGGAGACAUUCCCAAUUUAAUGAUUAUAUCAGAUCGUCACAUCUUAAUUGUAGAGGUUGUUGCAAGUAUAUUCCUUGAUGCAUUUCAUGCCCUGUGUAUAUACCAUAUUCGGAACAAUUUGGUGGACAAAUUUAAGAAUAAGAACAUAAUCUCACACUUCUACCUAGCGGCGAAAGCUUAUAGAAUGUCUGACUUUCAGAUGUAUUGGGCUAAGCUCCAUCAAUAUCCUGGUGUGACGGCCUAUCUUGUGGAGGUUGGAUUACAAUGGUGGGCAAGGGUUUAUCAAGUCCAUUGUAGGUAUGACAAGAUAACGACAAUUAUAGUGGAAUGUCUCAAUGGAGUGUUGAAAGAUGUCCGAGAACUACCAAUCACAAAGCUAUUAGAGCAUAUUUGUGGGUGA